UUUGAUUUCAAUUUUUGAUUGAUUUUGAUUUUUCGAUUGAGGAACCGAACAAUUAUAUAUUAAGCUGGUUGUCCUCGUCCAUCAUUGAUCCUUCUCUCUACCUCUACACUUCCAAAGACAGACGAAGCACACACACACCACUAUCAAAGGUAUCUAUCUAUCUACAUCGAACCAACAGCCAAUACCAAUCCAACAACCAACCACCACAAACAACAAACACCACCAAUCUACACCACCCACAAUCAACAUGCCUUCCGUCGGCGGUUCUGCUUCCCAAUUCCCUCCCUGCCCGGGUCCUCCUCCCAAGGGCCCUCUGCCUCCUCUCCCCAAGUAACUGGACAAACAACUUAUUGAGACGAACGACACCUGAUGACCGGCGCACCAAACAAACGGAGUUGCAUUCUUCAGCAUGGAUAUCACGACCUGCAGCCACACAACCAUUCGUUAUUUACUUUCUUAAUCCUCGUUGGAAUUUCCUCCUUCCGCGAUCUACACUCCACCUUUUAGUCGACGCUUUCGCAUACCUGCAUAACCUCCAUUCGCUCCAUUUCGGAUCUCGUUUUACCUCCGGGGCGAUGGAUUCCACAUGAUUAUCUUUUUUUAUUAUUUAUUUUUCUUCUACCGAUUUUAUUACCACACCUUUCGAAUCACUUUCGAAUCACCAGCGCAGGGCGCUCCUCAUUUUCUUUACCCCUCGUUUUCACCCCCGCACCAAGGAAACCGUCAUGGCAAUCCGGGCGCAACACAUGCGACAUGGCGACGUCAAGUGUUUCGAACGAAAAGCGGGGGCAGAGUCAAGUCACCAAAGCGGAGGCGAUAAACAUGCAAGAGACCGAGAGAUAAAACCGACGACGAUACUAUGAUCUCACCCCUCCAUCGAACCGUCGCAUCCGAUUUCCUGUUUUUAUUUAUCCUAAUUAUCUUUCUUUUUUUAUUCUUGUUUUCAUCUUGAUUGGCCACCCCCUGGUUUUCCAGGCCUCUCUCUUGCAAUUGCAUCAGCUCAACCCCGACUCAGCUCAUCAUCUCGGACGUCGGCCGUUUCGCAACCAACCAACCAGAUUCCGACGCAGCCGCAUCCCCGCAGGCAAGAUGACGCACAGCUGCGCAAUGAUCCAUUGCACCGGGGCGCUGUCCUCACAAGCUCCCUUUUCUCACCCACCCAGUGGAGUUCGUCAUCCCACGCCCUGUGUGGGAUGACUGAUGAUGACCCGGGCUCGGGAUUUGACACAUGGCACAUGGCACAUGGCACGGCCUUGUUUGGUGCCUUCCUUGCCCUGGCCCUUCCUUGCGCCUUGGCCCGCUCCGCAGGCAGUGCAUGGCCUGGCCUGGCCCGGCAAGGCUGGAUGGAUGGAAGGAAGGAAGAAGUAGGCAACCAGCUUUUGACUCAUCCAUUCGUCCAUGAUGACGAUGUUGGAUGGGCUGAGCCUUGCUUCUCUCUUCCUUCUUUUUCUCUAUUGUCUGCUUGGGCGAAUUGGAAAAAGACGACAAAACUUAUUUAAUCACCUAUCUUUCGUUUCGGUGGCUUUUCAUUUUCCUUUCUUUAUCAUACACGGGACGCUUUGUGUUUUUGAUUUGUUUUGAUUCGCUUUUUCUUCCUUUGUCUGGGCUUUUUUGAUGUUUUUUUUUUCUUUUUGUUAUCUGAAGCAACGGCAUGUAUAAUAGACUUAAUAUACCCAACACGCACGCAUCUCAUUCUGUCAGUGUUAUCUGCAGAAUAUAUCUAAUUUUUAUUUCCA